AUGAGGGACUUAUUAAGGAUAUCAGCGUUGGCUGUAGCUGGUCUGGCUGGCUUGACGCAGGCCGACUUAAAUGUGCGAGGAGGACUAGAAGACCUUCUGGGGGCGUUAGGCGCCUUGGACGGAGGAGCAAAGGCUGGAUCUGGAGCAACAAGUAUAUCUCUUGUCGCCGCCGGAGCAGUGACAAAGACAAUCACCGCCGCGGAAAAUAGUAAUAAAGCACAAAACAGUACAUGUCCUGCGGCGGAAGAGAAGACUGUGACAGUUACCCAGCAAGUAGCGGCGGCGGCAGCAGCAGCGUCUGGAGACCCUGCUGUACAACUGUCAUUUCUCACCACGACAAUAUUCGGUACAGGUGCACCACCGACGGUUACAGUCACUCCUCUUCCACUGACGGUCACACAAAUGGUUACUGUUACGGUCAAUAACGCUGCUGCAGCAGGUGUAAACCCACCAGCAGGAAUGGUAGCUGGAUCAGGAAGCGCUCCCGUCGUGGCUCUCACCACUGCUAUGCAAGGACCACCAUCAGCGCCAGCAGCCCAACCGGGAGCAGCCCAGCCUGCACCCAAUCCAGCUCCCCAACCAGCACCAGCGGCCGGGGCUCCAGGUGUAAAUCCUCCUCCAGGAGCAGUACCAAGUGGAAAUCCAGCUGCCGCCGCCGCUCCUAUAAACUCGGCGACACUUACUACAGCGAAUAUUGUUAGUAAAGGGCAACCGGCCGCGGCCACUCCAGCUGCGGUCCAAUCACAAGCCGUGGGAGCUCCAGGAGCCAUCGCCUCUGGGACCGGAGUAACGCAAGCAAACGGCCAAUGUGACUGUCAAUGUCUCUGCGGCGCAGGUUCCUUUUCCAAUGUCAUGGCAGGCGCAGGAUCCAUCCCUAAUAUGGCUGCUAUGAACCCGCCAGCAGCAUCGUCUAUGCAAAUCCCAGGAGCCUCAACUUUCACCACAGCCAGAAUCGUCUCACAAGGUCCGCCUGCAGCAGGAGUUCAAAGCGCCGCUCCAGCUGCUACGCCCGCUAUAUCCAGUGCUCAAGCAGCUGCGAGUCCUGUGAGCGCCGCCGGGCCAUCGAAAGCGCUGACGACCGAUCCCCUCAUUUCUACUGGCGUUCCAGCAGCAGGAGCUCCAGCUCAAAGUGCUGCCCCUCCUGCUGUGCCCGCUAUAUCGAGCGCUAUUCCUGCAGGAGCACCUCCAGCUACUUUGGUAGCAUCUAGUCCGACACCCAGCAGUUUAGCACCAUCUAGUGCUAUUGCAGCUUCAGCAGUAGCCGAAUCAUCUUCAAAGAGUCUCCCCACGAUUCCAAUUCCACAAGCUCUAUCAGCAGUAGCGCCAUCUUCCACCAUUUCGCUGUCUGUAUCUUCGACUCCAGGACCAGUAACUGUUCCCGAAGCUACGCCAGCAGCAGCAGCAGCACCCGCACAGCCCAAUCCGAUUAAUAUCAGUACGUUCAAACUGGAGAGUAGUCUGCAGUUGGGAAGUCUGGCGGCAGCCACUAUUGCUGUUCAAUAA